GCACCGCGUCUUUAUCCAAGAGUCCUGGGCGGCGCUGGAGAACGCAGCCCUGCCGCCGAAGCAGUCUCUUCAAGAUGCAGUCGUUGGCGUCUUCGCUGCUGCCGGCAUCGAUGGAUACAUGGUGCACCACUUGGAUGGCAAGUCUUUGAAGGACACCAUGAACCCGCAGGACAUCUUCCUGACCGAGAUCGGCAACGAAAAGGACUACAUCGCCACCCGGGUUUCCUACCUUCUGGACUUCACCGGGCCCUCCAUGAACGUGAAUUCGGCCUGCUCUUCGGCUCUGGUCGCCGUCGCGCAGGCCGCUGCCGCCGUGGCCGCAAACCAGUGCGAUGCUGCGGUGGCGGGCGCCUCCUCUAUCACCUUCCCAAACCUCGGGUAUCUCUACUCCGACGGCUUGGUCAGCUCUAAGGACGGCUAUGUCCGACCCUUCGAUGCUGGGGCGGACGGCACGGUCUUUGGUGAUUCUGUGGCAGCCAUGGUGCUUCGACGGCAGGAGGACGUUGGGGAAAGCGGCCUCCUCUACGCCGGGCUCCGGGGUUUCGCAGUCAGCAACGACGGCGCUCAGAAGGCCGGCUACGCGGCGCCUUCGUCGAAUGGUCAAGCCAGGGCCAUCCAGGUAGCCAUGAACAUGCUCGGGGAGGAUCCCUGGUCCAUCUCGUAUGUGGAGUGCCACUGCACCGGUACACGCAUCGGCGACGGCAUCGAGAUCCACGGCCUUCUCAGCGCCUUCGAAAACAUCGGCGGCCGGAAGCAGGCUGGUAGCGACACAACAGUUGCGCUAGGCUCCGUGAAGGGAAACAUCGCGCACGCCAACUGUGCAGCUGGUGCCACGGGCUUUAUCAAGGCGUUGGCAAUGAUGGGAGCGAGGAGCCUGGCGCCCACCGCGAACUUCAAGCAGCUGAACCCCAAGAUCAACUUGGAGAACACGCCCUUCUUCGUGAACUCGGAGGUCUGCCAGUGGAACAAGAAGAAGCCUCUUCGUGCAGGAGUUAGCUCCUUUGGAAUCGGUGGCACCAACGCCCAUACCAUUCUUGAAGAGGUGAACAAUCCUACCGUGGACAUCUACAGCACGGCAAAGAAGCCCCUGGGCUUCCAGCUGCUGACCCUCUCUGCGAAGACGCCGGGCUCCCUGAGAAAGGCCGCGGAUCGACUCUCGAGCAGUCUCAAAGCGGAG